AUGGCCGCGCUUGUUUCGAACAUCAACCCCAAUGGUAUGAUAGCAACCGUCACCUCAGUGGAUGUAGUAACUUCAAUUCCACUAGCACCGACUCCAAAGCCUAGUUUAAACUCAGCUGCCCCACUCCCGACUGGAGCUCCUCAACUCCAACUCAGCGGCUCUACAGACGCGUAUUCAUUGUCGAAAUUGCAGCAGACCGAUCUGGCUGUUGGCCAAAACUCUUCAACAAUUUCUUUCGCUAAGCUGGCUUCGACUCCGCUACAUAGCUUACUCCCCACCAGUACACCUGCAAUCAAUUCACUUGGAGUCGAACAAGCACCAACUACACAUACCUCUAGCCGAGCCGUUGCAACUACUUUAAUCGCGCUCCUUUUUGUUUUUGGGAUAAUCUUUUGUGCGGGUUAUUGGGCUAGUGAUAGAUCCUCAAGGUGGAAAAGUCUCCGUUGGACACGCGAUCCAGGAUCUGAAUGGGCUGCUAUCAGGUCGGGCCGUACGGGACCAAAGCGAUAUCAAUCGAUGCGUCAAGUUUUUAACGGUAGAGCCGAGCAAACGGCCAGUUUUAACCUGGGUGUCGAUCAGUCUGGCGCUUCCCCUGGAUUGAAUUCAAACAAAGUGAAGCGAAACCCGUUACAAUCUUACUUGAAUUACCGACGAGGAUGCGCGACAGAUUCAUUGAAAGAAAUCGACGAAGAAAAAGAAUCGACAAAUGAAACCACGUCUGGAAAGAAAACUGUGAAACCCUCUAUCACGGCUGAUCUUGGUCCAUCUAGGUAUCGCUUGAAGGCUGGAAGAUGGGGGAUGGGUGCAUCGAAAGAUUCCUGGAUGAACUCAAGUACAAAUAUGGGCCCGAAUUCGCGUCUUUCAAGCCAUAAACAAACACAUUGUAUUUCUCAUAUGGAUUCGCCGGGACGCAAGGGAAGUCGCGCGCAUCUGAUUACAGAUCUCGACGAUAUCGGCGCCGAUGCCACUUUUAACGAGUUUGGGAUUAAUCGACGCCGCAGGGAAGGGGGUAGCAACCAAUCAACUGGAGCCUCCUAUUUGCUCACCAGGUUGAAGGAAAGCAUCACCAAACGCUCAAAGCUGAGCAGUGCCAGGUCAACAUGGAGCCAUUUCCAGCCUGAACCACCACACACGAAAGGGAAGGAGCCUGUAGAGUGGGAAUUCGAGGAUGAAGUCGAAAGCAAUCCAGGACCAGACGACGCCAGCGAAUUGAGAUAUCUAGUACUUACCAGCUUCACUAAAAACACUCCUUCGAAAGGUACUCGCAAGCGCGAGCUCUCGCUUGCAGAGAUUCCAUUGCCCGAGAUGCCAGCUGUUGCUUGGGAUAUGACGGCCGCCGGUCCCCCGAUCGAUCCAGACCUAGGCUACAAAACACAAACGGAUACUUGCAGGCGAUGCUGUGAGGAAAUGACCACUCCGACCAGGCCGAGAUACAGCGAUUGGAUAUUAUCGUCGAAAGCCCUUUCUCCCUCUUCGUUAAGCACGGCCUCACCGGAAACUCCGACCAGAAAACCCGAGAAGCCAACCCCGAACCUCACCGAAAGUCGCACCUAUCCAGCCCCGUCCCGACUCAAUUUUUCUUAA